UCGUGGCUCCUGGGCGCCCACUCGGCGCUCGGCUGAGGGAGGCGACGGCCGGCCGCGGGGCUCGGGCUCGGCCCUCGCGCGACCCCGGCGCGGCUCCCACGAGCAAGGCGCGCGUCCGGGCAGCGUCGCGGGGCCUCGGGAGGCGCGCGCGGCGACCCCCCGCCGCUCUGGAGCUCGCGGUUGUGGCCCCGGCCCGCCGGGGGUGGCUCGGGGCGGCGAUCGCUCGCGCCCAACUUCGCGCCCCGCGAUGCCCGCUCACGUUCUGGGAUUUUUACGCAACCGGACUCCCCUCCCUCUGGCAGUCCCCGGGGGAUCCCGCAGCCGCAGGGGAUGACGCCGGUACCUCCGCGGCCCCGACUCCGGGCGGGAAGGGCGAGCCCCUCAGCCCGCACCGCGUCGCCCGCCUGGGCGGCACCGAUAAGGAGCUGAAGGCAGGAGCCGCCGCCGCGGGCAGCCCCCCAACGGCGCUGGGAGCGCCCUGGCAGCUGGAGCCGCGGGACGAGGUUAUGGAUCCAGCGGGCGGCGGCGGGAGCCUGCUGCCCGAGCGGUGCCGCGUGCUGGUCCUGUUAAACCCGCGCGGAGGCAAGGGCAAGGCGCUGCAGCUCUUCUGGAGCCACGUGCAGCCCCUGCUGGCCCAGGCCGGCAUCUCCUUCACGCUGAUGCUCACUGAGCGUCGGAACCACGCUCGGGAGCUGGUGCAGGGGUUGGAGCUGGGGCGCUGGGACGCGCUGGUGGUCAUGUCUGGAGACGGGCUGAUGUACGAGGUGGUGAACGGGCUCAUGGAGCGGCCCGACUGGGAGACUGCCAUCCGGAAGCCCCUGUGUAGCCUCCCAGCCGGCUCCGGCAACGCACUGGCAGCUUCUUUGAACCAUUAUGCCGGCUACGAGCAGGUGACUAACGAGGACCUCUUGACCAACUGCACCCUGCUGCUGUGCCGCCGGCUGCUGGAGCCCAUGAACCUCCUGUCACUGCAGACCGCCUCGGGGCUGCGCGUCUUCUCCGUGCUUAGCCUGUCCUGGGGCUUCAUCGCUGAUGUGGAUCUGGAGAGCGAGAAGUUUCGGCGCCUCGGGGAGCUCCGCUUCACUCUGGGCACCUUCCUGCGCCUGGCGGCGCUGCGCGUGUACCGGGGCCGACUGGCCUACCUCCCCGCAGGAAGGGGGGUCCCCGGGGUGCCCGCCUCCCCUGCAGUGGACCGGCAGGAGCAGCAGGGCCCCACGGACGCGCACCUCGUACCCCUGGAGGAGCCGGUGCCCGCGCACUGGACGGUGGUGCCGGAGCAGGACUUCGUGCUGGUGCUGGCGUUGCUGCACUCGCACCUGGGCAGCGAGAUGUUCGCUGCCCCGAUGGGCCGCUCUGCCGCCGGCACCAUGCACCUGUUCUACGUGCGGGCGGGCGUGUCUCGGGCCACGCUGCUGCGCCUCUUCCUGGCCAUGGAGAAGGGGAGGCACUUGGAGCAGGCCUGUCCCUACUUGGUGUACGCGCCCGUGGUCGCCUUCCGCCUGGAGCCCAAGGAUGGAAAGGGUGUGUUUGCCGCCGACGGGGAGUUGUUGGUCAGCGAGGCUGUGCAGGGCCAGGUGCACGAGAACUGCAUCUGGAUGGUCAGUGGCUGCGCGGAGCCCCCACCCGGCCAGAAGCCUCGGCGGGGAUCCCCUCCAGAAAAGCCCUUAUGACUCCACGGGCCUUGUCGUGCCUUAGCCUGCUUGGUCUACUCCGAGCUCAGGAUCCUCUCCCCUUCCCCCAGGACCGGAGGGCCUGUCCCCAGCUCGUGUGGUGGUGGGGAGGAGGAGCAAGCGGACCCCUGGAGAAGGUGGGAAGGCGGAGGACUUGCUUUGGAAGGCCGGGCUCUGCCUCCCAAAGGCCAGAAUGAGGCUCUGGACCAGGAGCCCAGCCGGUUGCCCCCCCCCCCCCCCCCCGCCCCUGCCUAUGGGAGCCAGUCCCGUUUUGUCCUGGGAGCCCCACCCCAUGAAUCAAAACACAAAUAAAGUGACCCUCCCAGCCUA